AGGCGCGUGGCGGCCAUAACAACACUGAGCUGCGCCGAGGGAGGAGGAGAAAGGAGGCAGUGGGAAGGUUUUAAUAAAUAACUCCACGCUUCCCCGGUGACCUUGACCUGACCUGACCUGAUGAGUGGGAGUGUGUGAGGGAGGACAAUGCCAUUCCCCGCCAGGAGAGGAAGAGCGGGGCGGAGAUUUCCAGGCAACCCAGGCAAGGCGGGGCUGACUCGCCUCCCCGCCCCGGCCUUGGGGGCGGGGCGGGGCAGGCCGGGGGACUAUGACGGCCAGGGUGACGCCAUGAGGAGGGUUCCACACUAUGAAGAGGACCCAAAUUGGAACUGCCGUGGACAAGACCCCCACCAGCAACACUACCCCCCACCCCCACCCCCACCUAUAACAGCCCCCAGGAGCCCCAAGCCCCCCCAAACCCCCGAGGCAGCUGGGGUCCAGGGCGGAAGGGGCGGGGCCGUGGCCAGGGCGAAGGCGGGGCGGGGUGGGGUGUCCGGAGAGCUGACCCGCCUUUAGUUUGGUCUGGCAUUCCACAUCUAGAGCAUUCUUUCGUCAUACAGAAGGAGUGUGGGGCGGGGCAAGUGGGGCAAGGGGGUCCUGCGGGGUGUACCAUGCCCUCAGGACCCCAAAGUACCCCAGACACCCAACCAGGGCAGAGUUAUAGUGCUGAGUGUAGCCAGUUGCCCCGCGCGAGUGAAAAUAAGUGCUCUGGGUUUACGGGGCCAAAUAUGGGGCACGGGAGAGGCCCAGUGACCCCGCAGGACCUUAGAGGAGGACCAGAGACCCCAGUAAGACCCCAGGGUGCCCCAGAACCCACCACUGGGGCAGGAGAGAGCAUGGAAACAGAAACGCGAACUACAACAAUAUCGCCACACAAACACUCAGAAAAAACAAACUUACAGACAAACGCAAAUGCUCUCGCUGCUGCUGCCGCUGGUACAAACACCCCCGGAGCCCCACACGCCCCGGGGCCCGUGCCGGCAGCCUCGGGGACUGCAGAACUGGAGAAAGAGACUAGACGUUACUACCAAGAACUUUUAGGAGGAUCAGAUGUAGCAAACAGAAAAAGUGACAUAAAUCAGAGCUUGUCCACUUCCCAGGUGGCUCAGAUCACAGUGGAGUGUCGUACAGUGGAGGCGGAGAGACAGAGGGAGGAGGAGAGGCAGCGGGAGGAGGUGGAGAAGGAGAGGCAGAGGAGGGAAGAGGUGGAAGCAGCAUGGAGUCUCCUGCAUCGCCUUUGGGAGUACUCAAGAUGCAAUCCGUAUGACUUUGAUGGGUGGACCAGUCUCUUGGGACAUGUGGAGGUGCUGAACAACCUUGAGGCAGCUCGGUCCGCAUUUGACGGGUUCCUGCCACUCUACCCAUACUGCUUUGCUUACUGGAAGAAGCUCUCGGACAUGGAGGCAGCACAUGGGGAGGAGGAGAGGGCAGUGGCGACCCUCCUGCUGGGGAUAGAGGUGAUUCCCCUGUGUGUUGAUCUGUGGCUGCCCCUCAUCACCUCCUUCACCACCUACGCCAGGAACCAAGGCCUGUCUGAAGCCUGCAUUAGGGGUGUGUAUGAGGCCGGCCUGCAACGUGUGGGGGGUGCGUGGGGCAGCUCUCCUCUAUGGGACGCCUUUAUUUCCUACGAGCAGGGCCGCGGUGAUCUGGCAGCUGUUAUGGGGCUCUACAGGAGACUCAUUGGGACCCCUCUCAGGCUCUAUAACAAGCAUUGGGACCACUUCCUGGCGUUAGUGAGAGACCACCACCCUCACAACUUUCUCACCAAGGAAGACUACCAGACACUAAGAAAAGAGGCUUGUGAGGAGCUGAAGAUUAAACCCUCCUCCUCCUCCUCCUCUUCCUCCCCCUCCUCCUCCUCUUCUUCCUCCUCCUCCUCUUCAUCCUCCGCCAACAGUCAGUCCAGAAGUAUUGUGAAGUCCGCCCUGCCUGAGGACCGCCUAACCAGCCUAAUGAAGGAGAAGAUUGUGGCGUCCUUUAUUAAAAUUCACGAGGAAACGGAGAAGGAGGUGGAUAAGAGAUGGAAGUUUGAAGAAAAGAUAAAACGUCCCUACUUUCACGUCAAGCCCCUGGACCGCAAGAGGCUGAAAAACUGGAGGGACUACCUUGAAUUUGAGCUCCUGGAGGGCGACCCAGUGAAGAUUAUAACACUUUUCGAGCGCUGCCUUGUUGCCUGCGCCCUUUACGAAGACAUUUGGUGCAAAUACGCAGAGUUUAUGGAACGACAUGCGCAGGAUGUGGUGGAGGGGAAGUAUAGGGGUUGCACUACCACUGAGGAAGAGGAGGAGGACUGGCGAGGGCAGGAAGAGGAGGAAAAAGAGGAAAAAGAAGAGAGGAUGCUUGGAGAUAUGAGUGAAUUUGUCGGGGUUCAAGAACAAAUGGAGGGAGAGAAAAUAGGUUUGGAAGAGGAGGAGGAGGAGAAAAGGAGGUGUUUUCAAGAGGAGGAAGAGGAGGAGGAGGAAAAGACGAGAGGCUUUCAAGAGGAGGAAGAAAAAAUUAGGAGUUUUCAAGAGGAGAAGGAAGAAAAUGAUGGAGAGAAAGAGGUGGAAGGAAACACAAUAAUAAAAGUGGAAUUGGAAGAAACAGAAAACAGAGAGAAAACGGAAAUUGCAACAGAAAACGAGAAAAACGCAAAACAAACGAGAAAAAACGCGUCCGAACACCAAAAAAACGUAGACGGAGUGAAAGAAAACGAGAGAAACACAAAGAAAACGGAAAACAGCGAAAGAGAAAACGGACCCAGGAUAAACGUGUCCGAACACCCAAAAAACACCAAAAAAUCAGAAAAAAACGCAGACGAACCGAAACAAAGCGAAGAAAAUGGAAAAAAAACACAAAACGCCAAAACAGAAAAUGGAACCCCAAAAAACACGUCCAAACACCAAAAAAACACGAAAAAAUCCAAAAAAAUCACCGAUGAACCGAAUCAAACUGAAAAAAACGAGAAAAAAACGCAAAAUCCAAACGGAGGGGAAUCGUUUGGGCAAAUUCGGAAUAGGCUUAUAAAAAAUUUAGGCCUAUCGGAGCGGGUGAUGAGGUGUCCUAGGCUGACCCGGCACUGGAUUCUGAAGGGGGUGACCUGGGAGGACGUGAGGCAGGUGUACAAACGCGCCGCUUGGAUUCACUGCUCAGGAAAGGCGGCCAUCUUGCUCCAGUGGGCUGAGUUUGAAGAGGCGCAAGGCAAUGUGGAUAUGGCAAGAGAGCUUUUGUCAUCUAUCAUCGUCAAACAUCCAACUCUAAUUAAGCCCAGAAUGCAGCUAAUUGAGGUGGAGUGCCGGGCGGAGCAGUAUGGAAGAGUGGAAGAGCUUUAUGGAGAGGCAUCUAGGGUGCUGACUGUCCCCAAACACAGAGCUUGGCUUGCUAUGAGAUUUGCCAGGUUCUUGUUCAAGACUCUGCAAGAACCAGAGAGGGCCCUAGUUGUCCUGCGGAAGGCCCUGAAGAAGGACCGUGGCAACACCCUCCUCUACCACCACGUCUUUGAUAUUUGUUACCAGCGCCAGCCUGUCGACGUGCAGGGUGUGUUGGCGUCCACCCUGUUGGCCCUUGCUGCUAAGGAUCUCUCCCUCUCGGACAAGUGCUGGUUUGCGUACAAGAGGCUCGAGUUUUUGAAGGAACAUGGGUCGAUCGUUGAGUUGAAGAAGGCACAGCAUGAGUUAGCUUCCCUCCGUCUCGCUGCGGAGAGAGAGAGACUGGCGGAGGAAAGAGAAGCUGAAGGGAAGAUUAAGGAGGAGGAAGGAGGAGGAGGAGAUAAGGAGCAAUCAUCAUCAGCAGCAGCUACCACAACUACAACAACAACAACACUAACAACAACAACAACUACUACUACUACUACUACAACCAGCAACACCUCUAACAACAACAUCUCCGCUGACCCCAAUGCCGCCGCUGCUGCUGCUGCUGCUGCAUUCGCCCUACAGCAACAACAACAACAGCAGCAGCAGUUUCCAAUUCCCUAUUUUUCAGCUGAUGGCGCCAUCACCUACACCCCUACAACAGGGUAUGGGUAUGGCCACACAGACACUGCCCACACCCUGCCGGCAGCCCAAGAGGGUGUGGUAGGGGCCCAGGGUGCAACGGCAGGGGUGACUGACUACCAUACAGUGCCACACACCUGGGACUACGAGCCUCACCCUGCUGGCUACAGGUACAAGGAGGAGGAUGAGGUGCGGUGGCAAGAAAAUGCUAAGUACAGGGAGUAUAAUGAGUUGAUGGCCAAUGGUUACCCGUCACACCUCAGGGAUAAACAGGUGGAGGAGGUCAACAUUCCGCUUAAGGUCAACAUUGAUCACUUGCGGAACAGAGGAGGAGGAAGAGGAGGAGGAGCAGGAGGACAGCCACAUCAUUCUCAAAUGCCAGAUCUCUCCCAGCCACCUCCUCAUUUCUCCAGGUGUCCACCAUUCCCUCUCAUGGGUUCACAGGGGUACCGGAUGGACCCCCUGGACCCCCGCCCGCCUGGGGAGAGAGGGCCCCCACUCCUGGGUAACCUGCCCCCAUCCCAUGGCCCCCCACUGCUGGGUAACCCCUAUGGAAAAAGAAGACUGGCUGAAGAUUAUCGGCACGAGUCGGACACCCCAUACAAGCUGCAGCGGCAAGACCAACAACAACAACAACAACAACAACAACAAGUAGACUCCAGAAACUAUCGCUCUGAGUAUGACACAAACUACACAAGCUUUCCUGGUCCUAGCGGUCCACCCAGCCACCGCUCCACCUUGCCAACUUGUCCACCGCACCACCCACACCCCUUCCACUCCCGGGACCCUGAUCCACGCGGCCCCCACCCCCACGAGACGAGAGAGAGGGAUUUAAGCGGAAGGGACGUGGAUUUGCCGGAGCUGGCGAGGUUUAAGGAGGCUGAUCGGUACUCCUUACGUGAGGCCUCCUGCUACCCCUCCCCCCCCUCCCUGCUGUCCGAGCGAGUGAGGGAGGGGGAGGAAGCUUGCCACAACGUCCCCCCCUGGCUGGUACAAGAUGGAGGGGAGCUAAUACUGAGUGAGACAGCAAGAGGAGUGUCUGUCAUAAGGUACUGGCCAAACUUCAUGACUGAGAAAGGAGAAAAGACAAUGUUCCGCAUACUCCGAGAGGAACUGAAGUGGACACAACACCACUACUUAGCAGGGGAGGAGGAGGAGGAGGAGGAGGAGGAGGUGGAGGUGGAGGAGGAGGAGGAGGAGGAGGAGGAGGAGGAGGAGCAGUGGGCGCCCCUUCCCCGGCUCCUCUCCUGGAUUGGCCCCUGUGACCUGACCUUCGAUGGGAUGACCUUGGAGAAGAACACACACUGGCUUCCGGAGAUCGUGGACUUGUUGCAUAGGCUGAUCCGCUACACCAGUAACCAGUACAACAGCUGUCUUCUCAGUCUGCUGCGAGGUGGAGGGGACCAUGUGGGGUGGACAGCGGAGCAGCACCCAGCUCUCAGACUCCACCCAUCCAUUGCUACUGUUAGUCUGGGGGCCACCAGAGUGUUUGAGCUACAGAGAAGGGAGGGGAGGGGGUACCUGCGCUUCCCCCUCUACCCAGGCUCUCUCCUUUUAAUGGAAGGCGCCACACAGGACGACUGGAGGCAUCAGGUGCCCAAGGACGCCAGCAACCCAGAGGAAAGGAUUCAACUCUCUUUUAGGAAGCUUUAUAUGAUAGAAGGCUUGACCGUCUGACAUACACACAGACGGACAUGUCGACAUUAUGGAGAAAAGUAAUAUUAAUAUCUCUUCAAUAAAAAGAAAUAUUUGUAUACUGGAGAAUGGUA